UAUUUUUUUUGUGAUUUUUUGUAUUCCCGGCUGAUCCCGGCUUUCCAGGUUUCUUUUCUCUUCGAUUUCGAAUAAAAUAGUGAAAUUAAAUGUUUCUGUACUCGUUUAAUUGGUUCCUGUACGUUCUUACUCGAUUCGGAAUGAAAUACUCUCUAGUCUGAAAAUUUCUCAAACCAAAAUAGGUUUUGAUUAUACAAGCGAAAAGGAAUUAUUCAAGCUACCUACUACAUUGUUUCUGCAUCAUUAUUCGUUUUCAAGGAAGAAUUUAUACUUUAUAGUAUCGUUUUCGCCCAGCCGUGCUGAACUUGAACUGUUAUCAUAAUUAUAAAAAUAUGAGCGAAGUUACAGAAAUUGAUGGAAGUAUUCUUGAAGGGGGUGGACAAAUAUUACGUUUGUCCAUGUCUUUGAGCACCCUCUUGAGAAAACCAAUAAAAAUUAGUAAAAUCAGAGCCGGUCGAAGUAAAGGAGGAUUGAGGCCUCAGCAUUUGAAAGGUAUCGUAAUGGCCAACGAAAUGUGCGGAGGUAGUUUAACCGGAGCUGUGAUAGAAUCAUCGCAAAUAGAAUUUCAUCCGGGUAAUCUAAGAUCUGGUAAAUUCGAAGCAGAUACUCAAACCGCUGGGAGUAUCGGUCUGAUAUUGCAAGUAGCUUUGCCCAUAGCGUUAUUUGCUCCUUCAUUUUCCAGUUUACGACUCAAAGGAGGGACUAACGCUGAUAUGGCUCCUCCAAUAGAUUAUACUAUAAACGUGUUUGUUCCUAUAUUGAAAAAAUUCGGGGCUGAUUGCGAAUGCUCUGUAAUCCGAAGGGGUUACUAUCCAAAAGGUGGCGGAGAAGUAGAAGUUCGAAUACCUCCUGUUACAAAUCUCAAUUCUAUUAAUAUGACUUUAUUUGGAACCGUGAAACGUGUUUGGGGACGAGCUUACGUUGCAGGAACUCUUCCAUUACAUUUAAGUGAGAAAAUGGCCGAAGUUGCCGAUAAAACAUUACGUAGCAUUCUACCCAGAUCUGCGUCUUUCGAUAUAAAAGCUGUCAAAGAAUCGCCUCAAGAAGCUUUUGGUAACGGCUCAGGGAUCGUGUUAUUCGCUGAAACAGAUACGGGUUGUAUUGUAGGCUCCUCAGCUUUAGGGAGUAGAGGCCUUUCACCUAAUCAAGUUGGAUUAAAAGCUGCCAACGAAUUAGCUGACACUUUACAGCAAGAAAGUUGCGUGGACUCACAUGCACAAGAUCAAAUAAUCAUACUCAUGGCGUUGGCGAAUGGCAAAUCUGUCGUGAAAUGUGGUCCAAUCACAGAACAUACAAAGACUGCAAUUUAUAUCGCCGAAACGCUUACUAAAGCAAAAUUCACAAUUAACGAGACUGGAACUAACAUGAAUGUCUUGGAAUGCGAUGGCAUAGGAUUCAAAAAUAAGUACUUACCUGCCAAGUCGUAAAGGUAAAUUUAUUUCAAAAAUUACUCGAAAAAAAAAUUUUAAACAAAAAUUAUUCGCUAUUUAUUUUUUAUAAAAUGAAAUACAAAACGAUAUUCACAUACAAAACAGUAUAAAAAAUAUUCGAGGUACUAGUAGUAUUAUUUACAAAGAUGAAAAUAUAAUACAUUUACAUUUAUAUACAAACAUGUACAAAAUUAAUGGAUAAUUUUGACUUAGAAUGUUUAAAUAGUCUAAUAAUAUUUACAGUCAUGUUAUAAUUUAAAAAUGCAACUUCGUAGCGCAAUAAACGAUCUGCUAUUGGUUAAAUAAAUUUAAAAAAUUCGCCUAUCGGUUAAUAAUAUGUACACAAUUCGCCUGGUAAACGGUGAUAGUAAACGUAAGGGAAUAUUUUUCUGCACAUAGAGGAUAUUUACACAUGGAUUAUCGUUUACUAUAAAAACAAAAUUAAGUAGAUAAUUUUAUAUUCGCAGCUUUGGCACUCAAAUUCAAAAAACCAACUUAGUUAUAGGAACAAUAUACACCACACUUGCAGUCCACAACACAACAUUCCCACCAUAAGUACGAGUAAUUUUACGCGUAGGAUAACAAAACCUACAACACAUUAGCGUCUAAAUCAUGCAAUUUGUAAUCUCCUAACCCAACACGUUGAUCUUAAAGCAUGGAUUUUCAAGCAUUUUUUAGAAGCAACUAAAGCAUCAAAAUUGUUAGAUUUUGUUAACUAGAGGUAGAUAAUAAAACGAACAUUUCUGCCGACGCGAGAUACUAUAAAAAUCACUUAAUCAAAAUUGCCUGUCAACUGCUAAUGUGGUACAUGGAAUUACACGUAGUCCUAUUCGACUUCAGAGAACGAGACUGAGU